AUGCCGCCCGCGCCAGGACUGAGUCCCGGCGAGCUGGACGAUCCUUGGGCCGAGGCGAGCAGCCCUUCCGCCAGCGCGGCACCGUUAUCGACGUCACCAGAGGAGGAGGGGUGGGGUUCUGGACCCGUUGCCGGACCAGGCCCGUCUACGACGAGCGCUCUCGAGGCGAGCCUGCGGGCGAGUCCAGCAGUGAGCUCGCCGUUAUCGCCUGGCGGUUCCGGUCUUCGGAGUAGAGACCAGGGCGCCCGCUCCCCCGCCUCGUCAUCAAUACUGGCGCCGAAACCACGAGCCCGAUCCGGCAGCCUGCUCAACUCGCUCAAGUACUCGCGUUCGACGAGCCAGCCGGUCAACCUCGAGAACCUCCAGGACAUUGACCCCGAUGUCUCGCGUCCUAGCCUGAAACGGCUCAAGUCCGAGACCGAGCGGCAGCUAUGGGAGGACUCGACGGUCAGCUCGCGCGGAGGCUCCUUCGACCGAGAACGCGACAAGGAGGAGGAGGUAGAGGUCAUUGUGCACCAGGUCGUGCCGAGCGACUCUCUGGCAGGCCUCGCAUUGCGAUACGGCAUAGACAUAUCAACGCUGCGCAAGGUGAACAAGCUGUGGCCGUCCGAUCCGGUUCACGUCCGCACAUCACUAUACGUCCCGCUGGACGCGUGUCAUCCCACAUCAGGGACCCUAGUGCGCAGGACGGGGCACGUAUCGCUUGUGCCGCAUCGGAAAGCUGGCGCGAAGUCACCCAAGCGACGGCCGCCGAAUGGGGACGCCGUCAGCGUGCUCAGCGACAAGACGGCACGAGAGGUGUCCCCCGAACCGCCAGAACGACAGGAAGUGCUCCUGGGCGAGGGCGAGGAUCCUUUGACGUCCACGUCAACGCCGCCAGUCGAGGAACCAGGUACUAUUGUUCUGCAGGUCGUCAAGCUACCCGCAUCCAAGCUGCACCACUACCCGAACAGCCGGCGAAAGCGCGCAACCGCUAGCAGCGGCGCCGCGCCGCGUGCAUCGAUGGAUUCGGACAUAAGCGGUCUCUCAGGCGUCUCCGGGCUGAGUGGGGGAUUGACUACGCUGAGUCUGAACGACGCAGCUGCGGAUGGCGUCCCCCGACCGCAGUCCUGCCGGGAGGACAGCCGGCUGUUCGGCCUCUUCACGACGAGCCGGAGCGACUCGGGUCUCGUCCCGCCAUCGCGCGAGAGGCAGAAGGAUGAGGGCCGCUUUGCACCCCUCAUGCCGCGCGUGGAUGGGUUCGGGCCAGACGACGAGCCAGACACGUUUGGGUCGAAGCGCGGCAAGCGCGUCGUCAAGUUGCGCCCGCCCGUCGCAGCUCCGCACCAGGGCACGGGGCUUGUGGGGCGCAUCUCCGACUUCUUCAACCCGCCCCCGCCGCCGCUCAACCCCUCGCCGCAGCGGCCCCGGCAGGUCACCCGGAUAGUGUCCGAGCCCGUGUCGCGGGACUCGUCGCGGAGUGCUUCGCCCGCUGUCACGAGCCAGAGAAAUGUAGAACUAGACGUCGAGCUCGACGCUAAACCACGUAGUUUGCGGGGAUCCAAGUCCCGCCCCCGCUCGAAUAAGAAGACGGACUGA